GCUCCCCGCAGCCGGCAGGCGAGGUCGUCCCUUUCCCUUCCGGUCCUUUUGGCCCGCUGUAGCUAAUAAGUAGUGUACUCCGUAACCAGCAGCAGCAUGCAGGCGGUGGGCAUCCGGCGUGGUCUGACCAUCGACCCGGCCGGGGAGGAGGAGGCCCCCGCGGCGCGCGUGUGGCGGCUGGUCCGCGAGAGCCCCGUGGUGAUCUUCGCCCGGCGCGGCUGCUGCAUGGCGCACGUGAUGAGGCGGCUGCUGGCGGCGGUGGGCGCGCACGCCACCGUGAUCGAGCUGGACGCCGGCGCCGCGGAGGAGCAGGAGCUGGCGGCGGCGGUCGAGGGCGGCGGCGUCCCGGCGCUCUUCGUGGGCGGCGACCCCGUCGGUGGCCUCGAGGGCCUCAUGGGGCUCCACCUCAGCGGCCGCCUCGUGCCCCGGCUCAGGGAGCUCGGCGCCCUCUGCGCCUAGCUGAGCUCCUCCGGUGCUCCGUCCGUCUGUCUGUCGGUCCGCGUGCCGGGCGCCCGGACUCGCGAAGAUUCGCAGUCGCAUGCCAUGUGCUGGCUGUACCUGUACAUACUACUACGCUACGCUAGCUACAGGGGGGGAAACGGCAGUGCAGGAGGAGCAGCCAGCAAGCAAAGCUUCUGUUUUUCUUUUUGUUUUUGUUUUUGCUAAUACUGUACUCCAGAGAUUCAAAUCGAAAGGUGCGUGGAUGUAGUUUAGCUAGCAUAAAACUAUGGCACAUGAUUGAAUUGCAGUGCAGUGCAGCCGUGCGUGUAUAGUAGCGACAAAUUAAAGCCGAUUAUUAUU